CAGUUUGGGGACAGAGUUCAAAAUGAAGAAUUCUGAGAAUCGAGACGAGGAACAGGAAUCAACAUGCAGGAGAGAUCAACAGUUUAGUUCUGGGAAUCUGCCAUUAAAAUUAGAAACGGAGGAAAGUAGUUACAAGUCAAGAAAGCAGCAGGAGAAGCCCUCCCUGGGGUGUGAGAACCAAGAUAUUCCACUACAACAGGAAUUUACUACUGCUGUUACUGCUGAAAAGGCCGCUGUUUCCAAGGAAAAUAAUGUCUCUUUAUUCCCCCAAUAUGAUACAAAAUACCUCUACCACGUGGAACUGAAUGAGUCGCCUUCUACGGAGAAAUUGGAGCAACAUCGUGAGAGGUUUGAGGAGGACUACCAGUGUACCUCAAGCACAAAUAAAAAAGAGGAAAACAUGAUCAUUGAGAAAAGGCUUGAAGUCUCUGGGAGCCGAGUAAUUCAUAAUGUGAAUCCGUAUCCAAGCAGCCAUCUUGGAGAAAGACGUAACUCUCCCGAACGUGCCAAAACCAACAGCGGCGUAAACUUGCUCGGCAACAUUCCCGCGUGCAAAACCGAAGAAGGGUGGUACGAAUGUUCCCAGUGCGGGAAAUGCUUCAAUAAAGCGAAAUACUGGAAGCAGCACCAGAAAAUUCACACGGGCGAGAAGCCGUACAAAUGUUCCGACUGCGGGAAGUGCUUCAACCAGUCGGGAAAUCUGAAGACCCACCAAAGGAUUCACACCGGCGAGAGGCCCUACAAAUGUUCCCAGUGUGGGAAAUGCUUCAGCCACACCAACUGUUUGAAGAUACACGAGAGGAUUCACACGGGGGAGACCUACAAAUGCACUCAGUGUGGGAAAUGCUUCAGAGAGACGGGAAUCCUGAAGAGGCAUCUCCGAAUCCACACGGGGGAGACCCCGUACAAGUGUUCGCAGUGCGGGAAAGGCUUCAACCUGAUGGGAACUUUGAGGAAACACCAGCGCAUUCAUACCGGAGAGAAACCUUACAAAUGUUCCCAUUGUGACAAAUGCUUCCGGGAAACGGGGAUUCUGAAGAGACAUCAACGGACUCAUACCGGAGAGAGACCCUACAAGUGCUCUCAGUGUGGGAAAUGCUUUACUCAUACCAAUGUUUUGAAGAUACAUCAGAGGAUCCACACUGGGGAGACGCCAUAUAAAUGCGCCCAAUGCGGAAGAAGCUUCAGUCAGAUGGGAAAUUUGAAAACCCAUCAGAGAAUUCAUGCUAGAGACAACCUUAAUAUGGGGCAAGAUGUCACGUCGACGAAAGACCACGCAAAUCCCCGCAGUUUGGGGAAGACGCCCAGCAAGCCAGAAUUUGUCCUGGAGGUUGUUUUUUUUUUAACAGAACAAAACCUCAAGUCAGAAACCUACUAUAGGGUGUCAGGAAUUUUAAUACAUUCCUUGAGCCAAAAAGAUAUUCAUUUGGACGGAAACACCAUUCAGAAGGAGAUUAGAAACACCUUGGGGGCAAGUAACCUCAUUGUUAACUUUUCUUUCCCUUCCUCUGUAGAGAGCCUCCUGGGAGCAGAGAUCAAAGUGGAAAAUUCCAAGAAUCAAGGAGAGGAACCGGAGGAGUCAAGACGCAGAAGAGAUCAAGAGUUUAGUUCAGGGAAUCUGCCAAUAAAAGUAGAAAUGGAAGAAGAAAGUUACAAGUCAAGAGAGCAGCUACAGCAGAAGUCCGUCCAUACUUCACUUCAACAGGAAUUUACUACUGCUCUGACUGAAAAGGCCACUAUGUCCAAAAAGAAUAAUGUGCCCUUAUUCUCCCAAUAUGAUAAAAGAUACCACAAUCAAAUGGAACCGAAUUCAUUAGCUUGUACGGAGAAAUUGGGACAAUGUCCACAAAGGUUUGAGGACAGCUACCAGCCUACUUCAACAAUGAGUCAAGAGGAGGAACACAUCCUAAGUGAGCAAAGACUUGAAAUCUCUGAUAAUGGAACAGGGAAUAAUUUGGACAAUCUAGGGAAAACACGUAAUAUUUCUCCGGAAUCCGGGAAAACUUUGACUAACUCAAACUCACUUAGCAGAUUUCCGGUGUGCAAUCCCGAAGAGGAAUGGUACGAAUGUUCUCACUGUGGGAAGGGCUUCAACAAGGCCAAAUACUGGAAGCAGCACCAGAAAAUUCACACCGGGGAGAAGCCAUACAAAUGUCUACAGUGCGGGAAGUGCUUUAACCAGUCGGGAAAUCUGAAGACCCACCAAAGGAUUCACACCGGCGAGAGGCCCUACAAAUGUUCCCACUGGGGGAAAUGCUUCAGCCACACCAACUGUUUGAAGAUGCACCAGAGGAUUCACACCGGGGAGACCUACAAAUGCACUCAGUGUGGGAAAUGCUUCAGCCACACGAACUGUUUGAAGAUGCACCAGAGGAUUCACACCGGGGAGACCUACAAAUGCACUCAGUGUGGGAAAUGCUUCAGAGAGACGGGAAUCCUGAAGAGGCAUCAACGAACCCACACUCGGGAGAGGCCAUACAAAUGUUCCCAGUGUGGGAAAUGUUUCAGCCUGUCGGGAAUCCUGAAGAGACAUCAAAGAACCCACACUGGUGAAAGACCCUACAAAUGUUCUCAGUGUGGGAAGGGCUUCAAUCAGAUGGGAACGCUGAAGAAACACCAGCGAAUUCACACGGGCGAGAAGCCGUACAAAUGUUCACAGUGCGGGAAGUGCUUUAACCAGUCGGGAAAUCUGAAGACCCACCAAAGGAUUCACACCGGCGAGAGGCCCUACAAAUGUUCCCACUGUGGGAAAUGCUUCAGCCACACCAACUGUUUGAAGAUGCACCAGAGGAUUCACACCGGGGAGACCUACAAAUGCACUCAGUGUGGGAAAUGCUUCAGAGAGACGGGAAUCCUGAAGAGGCAUCUAAGGACGCACACUGGAGAGAGGCCAUACAAAUGUUCCCAGUGUGGGAAAUGUUUCAGCCUGGCAGGAAUCCUGAAGAGACAUCAAAGAACCCACACUGGUGAAAGACCCUAUAAAUGUUCUCAGUGUGGGAAGGGCUUCAACCGGUUGGGGACGUUGAAGAAACACCAGCGAAUUCACACGGGCGAGAAGCCGUACAAAUGUUCUCACUGCCAGAAAUGCUUCAACGAGAGAGGAAAUUUGAAGAGGCAUCAGAGAAUCCAUGCCAGAGAGAGCCUUAAUAUCAUACAAGAAUUCAUCUUGGAAAAUGACCAUAUCAAUGUUAUCAAGGUGGGAAAGGCUUCUACAGGACAAGGAGUUUGAAGAACGAGCACUUGUGGGACACCUAACUGAUGUUCUCAAAAAUCAGAUGUCUAGGAGAGGACGUGAAGAACCUCUAAAGAUCUCCACUUCCUUAUUAUAGUAAGGAAAACUCUUGGCAAUAAUCAUGAUGGGCUUGUUCCCUUACAUUCAAGGGUGUUAAGUGGGAGAAUGAAUGUAAGGAAGGAGAUUCCAGAUAAAUGCCAGGAAACUUCAAACCAUUCAAACAGGAGUAAGAAAGCUUGCGAAGUUGGACCAAUUAUGCUGGGCGCCCCUUUCAAUGAAUGCGUUCAAACAGGACCUGGAAAGAUAUUCGUAUCUCCUGGGUGUUUUGAUAAGGUUUCCUGUGAAUACGUGAGCUUAGAUUAGCUGAUUUCAAUUCUAAAAGCCUCUUCCUGACCCUUCGUUCUGUAUUAAAUUAGAGAGCUGAGGUGGCGCAGUGGUUAGAGUGCAGUA